AUGGCGACAGAACGAGUUCAAGCGUCCGUCCUCCAUGGCGAAAAGGACCUUCGCCUUCAAGACCGCGAGCUACCAGCCCCCGAGGCCUCCGAAAUCCAAAUCGCCAUUCAGUCUACAGGUCUCUGUGGCUCCGACCUCCAUUACUUCAACCACUACCGCAACGGUGACAUCAUUGUUCGCGAGCCGCUCACUCUUGGACACGAGUCCAGCGGUACAGUAGUCUCCGUCGGAUCUUCUGUAACGACAUUUGCCCCUGGUGACCGCGUCGCCCUAGAAGUCGGCGUCUCUUGCGACGACUGUGAAUACUGUGACAGCGGCUCCUACAACAUCUGCCGCGGUAUGCGCUUCCGUAGCUCUGCCAAGUCGUUUCCUCAUUUCCAGGGCACACUACAGGAAAGGAUUAACCAUCCUGCGAAAUGGUGCCACAAAUUGCCCAGCAACAUGUCCCUAGACCUUGGUGCUCUCAUUGAGCCCUUGUCGGUAGCCAUGCACGCCCAAGACCGAGCUCGACUGCCUGAGGGCGCUACAAUCCUAGUGUUUGGUGCCGGUGCCGUCGGUAUUCUGGCUGCUGCAGUGAGCAGAGCGGCCGGUGCCAAGGCCAUCAUCAUUGCCGACAUCCAACAAGAUCGAAUCGACUUUGCUAUUAAGAAUGGAUUUGCCGACGCUGGUGUGCUUGUGCCAAUGGCCCGACCCCAGACGACAGAAGACAAGCUCAAAUACGCGCAGGAGGUUGCUGCCAUGGUCAAGGAGACCAAGGUCAACAGCGAGCCUGUCGGUGAGGUCUCUGCUACGUAUGAGUGCACUGGCGUUGAAACAUGUACGCAGUGCUCCAUCUACUGCACCAAGCCCGGCGGCAAGGUCAUGAUUAUCGGCAUGGGUACGCCAAUCCUCACGCUUCCCAUGUCCGCAGCUGCGCUCCGUGAAGUUGACUUGGUUGGUGUUUUCCGCUACGCAAACACCUAUCCUCGAGCCAUUGAGAUGCUGUCGAAUCCCCCCAGGGGAAUGCCUGAUCUGAGCACCCUCGUCACACAUCGCAUCAAGGGCAUGGAGAAUAUUCCCCAGGCCUUUGCGACUGCCGGCAAGGUAAAGGAUGACGACGGUAAACUUGUCUUGAAGGUUAUGAUUGAUAUGAGCGCUUAA